AUGGACUUUGCAACGGAAUCCAAAGUUCGCAAGGAUCUUCUCAUCUACCACAUCAACACCAGACCCAUUUGCGAAGUAGUCAUCUUAACAGUGACGAUUCAACAAAUUCCUGAAGUUUGUGAUGUAACUACGUUUUUUGCACACAUCAAUACUUUCCAAGCUCUUAGAAACAACAAAUGGAUCUACAUACUCCAACGCAAGACUCCGUAUUCUUUAGAAUGCGAAAGCAAAACGACUCAUGGCAAAAUAUCUGAAGCAGGUAUCAUUACUCUGGAACAAGGAUGUAAAAUGUACACCGCGUUUGUUACACUCCUAGCUGAGGACACAAAAUCGAUCAACAUCAGCCAUCCUUUUAUCUAUGUUGAUAUUGAACACAUUUGCGUCCCAUAUGAAAUUAAGCUGCAACAACCAGAACUUGCACCAAUCCAGCUCAACAACCUUCAACUCGACUCUCUUAACUCGGUUAGACAACAAAUAAAAACUCACAUAAAAUUGCUUGAACAUAAUAAACCUACAUUCUUAGAAAAACAUGUAACAAAAUUUUCCAUAUUAUGUACGAUUACUGGAUAA